GAGUUUCAGGUUUCAAGGUUUCAGGGCCCACAGAAUUUCUGAAUAAUUCUGCUGAAGUUUGAAUGUUGUCUUUGGAUAAUUAUUUAAACAGUGCAUGGUGUAGUUACACUUGAUUUGACCAUGCAGCUUCAUUUUAGUAAAGAGCCACUCUUGUUGUAAAAACAUUUAGAAUUUUGACAGUCAGAUAAUUCAUUCGUUUUUGUACCUUAUAUGGCAAUAAAAGUCGCACCUGAAUUUUUGCGAUCACAAUAAACCACAAGUUGUCGAAAACGGAAAUGACUUCACUGGCGUCGUGAUCCAGAAACCGGAACAAACAGGUCGAAUACAAAUACAGACACUCGAGCCACGAAAACGGAGUUCAUGGAAAGUGGUUAUGAGUAGAACCGGUUGUUAGGUAAUACAUUAAAAAAAAAAAAAAAAAACAUGCAAAUGUAGCUAGACUACAUCAGGGGGAAAAAAAUGGACGUUCACAAAAGGGAUUUAAUCUAAUCUGGAAGAUUUUAAGGUUCAUUAUUUGUUUUAUUAUAUACAUGUUUCUUGGAAUAACAAUGACCAGCUAACGUUAGCCCGCUACAUACAGCUGCCUGAUUUCCUACCUUAACGAUUUUUACCCUCCGGACGUUGUAGUGAUUUGAACAGAAUUUAAGAAAGGCCUUGGAUUUGAAAGCAAGCAAUGGAAGGGGCUUGCAAUAGAGUAUCCCACCAGAGGAAAAGCGGGGCGAGCCGUCUCUUGUUGUUUCUUCUUAGAGCAAGUGUUCUCUCGGCUGUUGUGGGGUACAGACCAGUGAUCAUUGUCCAUGGACUAUUCGACAGCGCCUCCGAAUUUGUCAACUUGCAACGCUUUAUCAACCAGACUCACCCAGGAACAAACGUGUCGAUAAUCGACCUGUUCGACAGAAGUGCCAGCCUUCAGCCAUUAUGGAAACAAGUGGAGGGCUUCAAGGAUGCUAUCUAUCCAAUCAUGCAAAAUGCGGCUGAUGGUGUCCAUCUCAUUUGUUACUCACAAGGUGGACUGGUGUGUAGAGGCAUACUCUCAACCCUCUCGAACCACAACGUCCACUCCUUCAUAUCGCUGUCCUCACCUCAGGCCGGGCAAUACGGAGACACAGAUUACCUGAAGUACCUCUUCCCCCAGUUUGUCAAAUCAAACCUAUUUCACCUAUGUUACACCUCUGUGGGUCAAAGAAUAUCUAUCUGCAACUACUGGAAUGACCCUCAUCACAGAGACAUCUAUCUCAAUGGCAGUUCCUAUUUGGCAGUGCUGAACAAUGAGAGACCAAACCCCAAUGCUACUCAAUGGAAAAACAACUUCCUGCGCAUCAAUAAGCUUGUCUUAAUCGGAGGGCCGGAUGACGGAGUCAUCACUCCAUGGCAGUCAAGUCAGUUUGGAUUUUUCAACGAAAACGAAACUGUUGUUGAAAUGAAGAACCAGGAGGUGUACCUGAGGGACACAUUUGGCCUGAAGACGCUGCAGGCUCGUGGGGAUAUGGUCCUGUGCGCGAUGGCCGGCGUGGUGCACACCCAGUGGCACUCCAACCAGACGGUGUUCACCACCUGCAUGGAGAAGUGGCUGACCUGAAGCACUCGUCUUCCUCUUGGGUGCCAUGGGUUAGACACACGACCCGACUCACUCAACCAACCAACCAACUAACCAACCAACCCACCCACUUACUCAUUCCCUCGCUCACCGUGUGCCUUUUCCUUCAUAGAGUAAGUUGCACACCGCCAAUGCAAGAGAAGACAAGAAGACAUGGUAUAUUUUUCAGCAGAAUUUCACAUACAAAUACAGUAUAUUUUCACGUGGUUUUGUUAUGGUUCGGAGGAGAAAAAGAAGAAAAAAAAUGUCCUCACCCUCUGCGUGGAAAAGCCCUACAUGUUCAAUCAACUUAACAUUUCCUACUGCAGUGUACUUGGUACACAUACAUCUUUUCUACCAUUUGUAAAUGUGUGCCUAUGUGUGAUUCAUUCUGUAACAAGACUUAGUCUAUACAUGAUAGUGCCUGAGAGAACCUUUGCUCCCCCAGUGCAAGCAUACAGUCCCAUUUAUUAUAUUAAGAGGGGUUUUAGGUAAUGCAAAAUCAUGUUGUGUGUAUAUAUAUAUAUAUGUAUGUAUACAUGUCGUUUUAUAUAUGUAUCAAUUUUAAUUUUUUGCUUUUGACAUAUGUUAACUCAUCAUGUUGGAGUGCAAACAUGUUGUAUGCAGUAGAAAUCAUGCCUUAAGUGUUUGUUCAGUCAUCUGUAAGAGUUACAUUGAACCAAAAGUGCUACACAAUGUGUGAACACACCUUUGGCAUCAUGCUCCAUGUCUUAGGGGUGGCAUAUAACUAACCAAUCCGGAAGUGAAAAUAAGUUGAAUUACAAUAUACUGUCCCCUUGGUCAAAUUGUGUAUGGAGAUGCGGUUGCAGACAAACAGACACACUUUAUGACCAAAGAGUGUAACUUCUAGCUACUUGUGCUCCUGUGCCAACCUGAACACUGUUACACCCCUGACAAACACAUGGGAGUAAAGAGAAGGGAAUAGGAGUAUGAGUAAGGGAAAGCUACAAACUGAUAACAGGGAGAUGUGUACUUAGGAAUAGAAGGGCAACGCUAGACUGGCAUCUAUCUGUUCCAUUAUCUCAUAUGUGUUCCGUGCAAUGACAUACCUCAUUGAAUUAAGUAGACAAAUCUCAGGCUAGGAUCGGAUCUAUUUUAUCUGGAGACGAGGCUGGCAAGAAUAGAUUUUUUUAUUUUACCUUUGUGAUGCAUUUUAAAUGUUGAUGUUGUGUGUGUGUGUGUUUGUUUUUGAGAAGGGACUGGUUGUAUUGAAAGGGAAAUAAAGGGAAAAAAGUGAAGAAGUCAGUACUUGCCCAAAAGGGUAUGACGUGUAAAUGUUAAUUGGAAAUGAUCAGAGGGAAUGAUGAUUGGAGGGAAAGAACCUUCUGAUGUAAAUAUUUCGAUCAUGGCAGUAUUGUGUGUAUUUAAAUGAUGUACUUAACACUUAUUCAUUUCUCUGUUUUUGAAAAAGAAAAUGUAGGUUUUAACUGACUAAUACGAUUGGAGGGAGGAAAAAGGAUUUUUAGUGGAGUCUACUUUGAGUACAUAUCUUCUUAUGUCUUCUUCUUCUGUUAUUGAUUUUAAAGAUCAAGGUGGUUGGUAAGUGGCAGACAUGUAGGUCAAGACCACAGUCUGGAAUUUGACUUUCAUUCAGAGUUGAAGCUUUUUAGAGUAAAAGCCACUUAAAGGUAUAGGCAGCAUUCUAGGUUGGCUGGUUUGAAACUCAACAGCCAAACAAACACAUUUUCCCAGUGUUCUAGGUCCCUCUGUCCUCGUGGUUUGCCUUAGUUUAGGCACAGGAUUCAUAAACAGAUCGUUGUCCUCUCUCUAUCUUUUUUUGGUCUUGGGUGGUCCCUUGUUUGUUAUAAUUUAUUUUCUUAAUUUGAUCUAUUAUCGCUUCACUUAAGGCCUAGAGGAGCCAUGAAGGUCAGUUUAUUUUCUCUGGCCAUAUACUACGUUGCCAGACGUCUAAAUGUGAGGAGAGUUGUGUCAAAUGUUACGAAAAGUGUUUUGAAUUUGCAUCACUGGCUAUACCUUUAAGGGCAAGUGUUCUUUUUCAGGUAAUGUGAGAUUUUCUAAAGCUUUUAAGGGUUGGUUGUCUUCUGAUAGGAGAACUCAUAAAUACUAUGAAGAACUGUUUAUGACUCUGGGUGGUCUCUAUCCUUUUAAGAUUGGCUUUCCAAGUGGAAGAAGCAUGUUUAAUUUUUGCAAAAUAGAAUGUAAAGAGACAUCCUUUAGUUUCUGUUAACCCUUUGAAUGAAACCUAUGUUUUUUUUCCAGAUUGUGUGUUUGUGGGGUUUUUUAAACUAUAAAAACAUACAUUUUACCAAUGUGCUUUACAGUUUGUACUUAAUGAUAUAUAUGUCCUAAACAUGUGUUUGUACAUUUUAAACUGAAAAGUUGUUGCCCUUGGAAUGUUGUUAAAGUCUGCUCUGCUACAUUAAAUAGCAGUUUUAAAGAUA